GCCAAAACUCAAAAAGCCACUAAACAUAGCGUUUAGGCAUUGGCAUUUCCGUUUAUCCUUCGAUUUUCCUUAUUUGCCCGCACCUUCUCUUCCCAUAACUGUACAACUUCCUUCUCUAAUUCAAUCGACCCAACCUCUAUUGUUUUCAUUCCCAGCAAAUCAUCGGACAAGCAUCUCCGUGCUUUUGCAGUUUGCUCAACGUUUGUACUGCCCCUGGUUGUUGAGAAAGUCGGUAUUGCCUGCAAAGAUUUCGGUUUCUUCCAGGGAGAAAACAUGUCAAAGCAGAGGCGGAGCAAGCGGGAUCCCACCAGGGUCCCAAGCGCAGUCAUUUUUUACAUGCAAAUUAUUAUCAGUACGCGUCUCAUGCAAGUUUUGAUCUCGGUCAUUAACCACAACAUCCCACCUUCAGUAAUAAAUGGCGCCUUAGAUGCAGCAAAGGCAUUCUUUAAUAUGUCAAGUGAAGAAAAAAUGCAGCUGAUGUCAGAUGAUGUUUGGAAACCAGUGAGAUAUGGCACCAGUCUUAACCAUGUCAAAGAUAGAGUCCACUUCUGGAGAGACUUCAUCAAACAGUAUUGCAAUCCAAUCUCUGAAUGGAUUGAUUUGUGGCCUUCAAACCCUGCAUGCUACAGGGAGCAAAUGGGAAACUAUGCAGAGGCAGUGCAUGAAUUACAAAAGACGCUA